AUGUCAGUGACUGAAUCAGAAACUACCCUUCGAAAUAGGUUUGACCAUAAGGCCGAUGACGGAAGCGAUCCAAGACCAACCGAUGAUGUCUUGGUUGAAAAAUUGGACAGAUUCUUAUCUUCCAUUGAGUCUCGGUUGAGUACUUUCGAGGAAUUCUUUAAAUGGAGGAAUGAAGAGCUAGCUCAGCAGGAGCAGUCAGUUGAAGAUGAUUACACUCUUUCCCUGAGAGCUAGCUCCAGAAGAAGCAGCAAUGCUAGUUUAAGUUCUAUUAGGAUGUUUACUGGCCCAAAGUUGAAUUUAAUUCAUCAAAGAUUGAAACUAAUAAAGGCUUCUGUCUUGAAAUCUGGAUUUACAAAUUUAGACUAUUUAUACAAGACUUUAGAUGAUCAGUAUAAUUAUUUAUUCAGCACGGGUCCUUUCACAAACACAACAACUGAGCUGACGAACAAGGAAAUUCUCUCUCAGAAAAUUAUCACUACAAUGCAAUAUUUUGAUGACAAAUUAUUACAAAUUGAUGAUUAUAUGCAAAAGAGCUGCCCUAACGGUAAAAUAGAUUUUGGAGAAGACUCGACUCUCUCUCAAUUUAGGUUUUACAACUUCAACAAGGCGCUUAAGCAUUCUCAAGAUGGAUAUUUGCAUUACUAUGAACUACCUUUGAGCUGGAGAGAAAAUAGAUAUAUCAUCAACGGCUAUAGGUUUUCUAUUUAUCACGCUGAGAUGUUUAAAUCCAUCUUUCACUUCAAUCACAAUGAAACAAUGAACAUAUGGACUCAUAUAAUUGGCUUCAUUGCACUUUGCUACAUUAGUCUUUAUCAUUUUCCACUGACGGAUGUGUUUAGUAUGAAUACCUGGAAAGACAAUGUUGUAAUGUAUGCGUUCUUGGUUGCCUCUAUGUCUUGUUUGCUUAGUUCCAUUGUGUGGCACACCUACUCAGGGUUUGCAAAACUUCCAGUUAGGAGUAGCUGUGCUUGUGUUGAUUACACUGGCAUUACGAUAUUGAUCACCUUAUCGAUUAUUACUGCUGAAUACUGCUCGUUGUACAAUCAUAAAAUUUUGUUAUGCACUUACAUGAUAUUCUCUUCAGUAAGUGGGAUAGCUGGAUUCGGAUUCAACUGGUCCCCAUAUUUUGAUAAACCUGAAUGCAGAUCAGUUAGAAUAGCGUUUUUCGUUGGAUUGGCUCUUUUAGGUGUGACUACAUUUUUUUGCGUUUGUUUCUAUGAUGGCUUUGUUAAGGCUAUCAAAUUCUUUCUACCAAUGACAUAUAAGAGCUUUAUUUGGUAUUGGAUAGGUGUCAUCUUUUACGGAGGAUUGAUCCCAGAAAGAUGGAGAUAUGACGUGAUUAUUAAGGAGGACGAAGCAUGUGAGCAUUCUCAUGAUGCUUCUGACAUUAUAAAUGGAAUUGAAAAUAGUGGAGAGGAGGAGAUGAAAGAGUUCGAAGAAGAAUUAGACAACAUCGAAGAUGAGAAGGUCGAUGAUGUUGAAAAAAUGUCUCAUUAUAAAAAAAUCAUUGAUAUUCAUUUCCCAGCUGAACCAACUUUAACUCCAUAUUCUAAGGACUUUUUAUCAUUAUGGUGGGUUGAUUAUUUGUUUUCAAGCCACAACUUUUGGCAUAUAUUUGUUGUAUUUGGUAUAAUUGGUCACUAUUUUUCUGUACUUGAUAUGUUUGCUGCGAUUGAACGUUCUAUUUAG